AUGAAGACAUCCACCUUCUUCGCCCUGCUCUCAGCCGCCGCCGGCGCCCUAGCCAUUCCCAACGUCGUGGAAGCCCGCCAGAAAUCCACAACAACCACCACCCCCGACCUGCCGUGUCCAACGAACCCGGCCAACUGUGCCGCGAAGCAGAACGGUCACCUGGUCUGCCUGUCCAACGGCGUCUGGUGCCAGUACGUCGAUUCUACCUACGGUACCCCGGCAUUCUUCCCCGUGGACCUCACGCUGCCGUGUCCCGCCUGCCUCCCGUCUUCUUGA